GGAACAAAAACUAAAACAGAACAGAUCGUGGAAGGGUGUAACAGCAACAACAUUAAUAUUUAAACAGGUAAAACAAAAAGAAAGGUGCUCCAACAAAUUCAAAAGAUAUGGUGGAAGUGGUAGUUUCGCUAUAAUUAUAUCUAUAAAAGUGCAAUGUAAAUGUUAUUAUUAAGUUUUUGUGUAAUAAUUAUAUCUAUAAAAGUGCAAUGUAAAUAUUAUUGUUAAAUUUUUGUGGAAGACGCAGUUUGUAUUUAAGUGAAUUUAUAUACGUAUAAGUGUACAAAUUGAUCUGCGCAAAUAUUUCUGAUAAUGCGCUAAUUUUGUCUGCUGACUGACGAAUCAUAGUACGUGACAAAAGCGCCUUUCUCUUUUAAAUUUCUUUAUUCUAAAGUGAAUGUAGAAAAUACACAAAUACAUAGGAACAUUUGUGCUCGUUCCACUUGCUAUAUUUUAAAGUGAAAUAUACAUUCAUUAACAUUUUUUAAGCUGACAAUGUUGAUGCAAAUAUGUUUUGUUGCUGUAAACCUCAGUCUGAUUUGAUCAGCCUAAACAAAUGAAAAUAUUGUGAUUCCUAACAUGGUAGUGGCACGGAAACAGUAAAAACAUAGUUGGAUAGUUCCAGAAAUAGACUACAACAUGGCGAAAGCAAACUGCAGUGUCUUUACAUUUUUGCUAGCAACAUUUAUGAUGUUCAAUUAUUGUGCAGCAUAUUCAGCGCUCGAAGAUGCACGCAUAAUUUCAGAAUAUAAACGUUAUUUGCGUACAACCGAUCAUGCUGCAGUUGCCCGCAGUUUGGUGCAUAAAACUAAUUGGGCGUCAGUGGGUAGCAUAUCCACAAAUGAUAAAAUUGCGGACUAUCCCAUGGUAAACAUAAUCUCGGUGGAUGACAGUGCUGUGGAUGGCACGUCCACAGGGCGCAUACAUUUCUUGCUAACUGAUUUGGAUUUUACUGGUCCUGACUGGAAGCAUAUUAAUAAAGUCACCUUUCUCUUCUCCGAUGAUCAAACUUUAAAUUGCAAAAAUCAUGGACUUGAUCCAAUGGAGCCGACAUGCCCACGUACCAUAAUUAGCGGAAAGGUUAAACAGUUGGACAAAAACGAUAAGAAUUACAACGACUGGUUACAGGCAUUCACAGUUCGCCACCCAGCUGCGAAGUCUUGGAUUAAAGCACAUAGUUUCUACUUAUGCGAACUGGAAAUAGAAAAUAUUUUUGUAUUGGACUUCUAUGGCGGUCCUCAUAAUGUGGCUGUGAGCGAUUAUUAUAAUGCGAAACCGAACUAAUUCAUGCCGAAUAGUGAUAAAAGUCAACAACUGAGAUAUAAAUGGAUGUUCAAUAUUACACAUUUGGUGCUUUGUAAUUAAAUAUAGGCAUACAUCUUGUAUUUUGUGUUAUUAGAAACAGAUACACACAUAUAUUUUACAAACUUUUAUUAUACUAUCCAGAUUAGUUGCUUAAAAAGCAAAAUUUUAAUAUUUUUAACAUACAGUGAGACUGGUUUAUAAUAAAGCAAUAUCUAAAAAAUUUA